GUUCUCUCUUUGCCCCAUCUACUGCGAGGUGAGGAGCUUACGGGGCUGUGUGCCCUGGGAAUCUGAAGCCAUCCUCUCUUGGGGACGCCGGCGGCAUGGACCCAGUGUCCCGACUCCUUGUCUCCACUGUCCCCCAGCACGACGGGCGUCCUUUAGGGUUUGGCGGCGCGAGCUGAAAGUUGCCUUCCGGGCUUUCAGGCCUACCGUAGCCCUGCCUCCAUGGCGCGCCGGGCUGGGCUUCCUAACACCCUUCCGGGGCCCGCGCGCCCCUAGCCAACUUUUGUCACCGACCCAUUUGUGUUUCUUUCCCCGGAUUUCGUACGUGGCAGUUUUCCGUUUGGAGCGGAAAUCUGUCCAGUAGAGCCUUUGCUGCUCCAUCCUUCUUACCCGCGUGUUUGUGUUUCAGAAUGAAGACCAUUCUCAGCAAUCAGACGGUCGACAUCCCAGAAAAUGUCGACAUCACUCUGAAGGGGCGCACAGUCAUUGUGAAGGGCCCCAGGGGAACCCUACGGAGGGACUUCAAUCACAUCAAUGUAGAGCUGAGUCUUCUCGGAAAGAAAAAGAAGAGGCUCCGGGUUGACAAAUGGUGGGGUAACAGAAAGGAACUGGCCACUGUCAGAACCAUCUGCAGUCAUGUUCAGAACAUGAUCAAGGGUGUUACACUGGGCUUCCGCUACAAGAUGAGGUCUGUGUAUGCUCACUUCCCCAUCAACGUUGUUAUCCAGGAGAAUGGGUCUUUGGUUGAAAUCCGAAAUUUCUUGGGUGAAAAAUACAUCCGCAGGGUUCGAAUGAGGACAGGUGUUGCUUGUUCUGUCUCUCAAGCCCAGAAGGAUGAAUUAAUCCUUGAAGGAAAUGAUAUUGAACUUGUCUCAAAUUCAGCGGCUUUGAUUCAGCAAGCCACAACAGUUAAAAACAAGGAUAUCAGAAAGUUUUUGGAUGGUAUCUAUGUGUCUGAAAAGGGAACUGUGCAGCAGGCUGAUGAAUAAGACCUAAGUUAACCCUGCUCCAGAAACAAGAUCCUGAAUUACAAGUUUGAUUUGGGGUGUCUUUUGGAACAAUAAAACUCACUGAUUUGUUUGUCCUUGA